AUGAUGAGCCAAUCGCCCCAACGGCGAAACCUGUUCAUCGCCUUUGGUUUGCUCUUCGUCAUCUCCGUCAUCUUUUACUCGGCCCCCGCGGUUGAUACUGAGCGCUUCAAAAAUAUCAUUCCGACAUACGGAGACAACGCCAAGGACUCACCAGCCACGACAGCGGCUGCCAAGCCCAACCCGACCUCCGCAUCUGACAACGGUAAACAAGAUGAUAAUACCGACGAAACUAAUUCCAACGCCCCUGCCAUCCCCGAUGAUAGCACCCCAGCGGAAACCUCCUCGGCCGUGAUAGAGGAAACCGCCUCCGCCGUGAUAGAGGACACCGCCUCCGCCGUGAUAGAGGAAACAGCCUCUGCCGUGACAAAGGAAACCGCCUCUGCCGUGCCAGAUGCCGCCUCCGACGAAGAGGAUGCCGUCAAGACCUCCAAGUUCCACUAUCUAAUCCCCGCCAGUGGCAAAAACCGCCGUCUCUGCUUCAAUCUCGUCUCCAGCGCCGCCAACCAAUACCCCGUCCCGGCCUUGAUGGGCUGGAACGGCCAGGGUCUCCUCGAUGCUCAUGCCACCCAUCUUGCCAAGCUUCGCGCUAUCGAGCGAUACCUGAACUCCCUGGGUCCCGAGGAAGAUGAGGAUAUUGUCCUCAUUGUUGACGGCUACGAUAUCAUCCUCCAGUUGCCCCCGGACAUCAUGCUCGAGCGCUAUUUCGAGGUCGUUGAAAGCGAGAAUAAGAGAACCGCAGAACGCUUCGGUAUCACUGUCGAUCAGGUUUAUGAGGGGAACCUCCAGACCACUCUCUUCUUUGGUCCCGACAAGAUCUGCUGGCCCAUCAACUGGAAGGCUCCGCGCUGCUGGGCCGUCCCCGACUCCACCCUGCCCGCUAAGGCGUUUGGCCCCAAGACGAACAACGGCGAGAUGACUCUCAUGCUUCCUAAGUGGUUGAACUCGGGUACUCUUAUCGGACCUGCUGGCCACAUGCGUGCCUACAUCUCCGCCACCAUGUACGAGAUCAUGAACAGCUGGAACCCCGAUAACAUGUACAAAGACUCGGAUCAGUUCUACCUUGCCAACGUCUGGGGGCGACAGGAGUACUUCCGAUCCUUGAAGCUGGCUAAAGAUGGCAAUGUUCCCGGCGGUCCCAGUGACCGGAUGCUCCCCACUGUCUACAACAAGAAAGAGGAGGUCGAAUUCCACGUGGGAAUUGAGUACGAGUCUACCAUGUUCCAGACUAAGGCCGGAUAUGAGAGAUUCGUCGACUGGAUCCACUAUACUGGCACGGAGACCCCCACCGCCACAAUGUCGAAGGACUUAUUCUCAGAGGGAGAGCAGUUCAAGCCCUACCCGAUCGAGAUGCCCAAGCGGAUUGAGGAGUCCCUGAGCCAAAUCUACGACAGCAUCCCCGAGGCGCAUCCCGGCUCCACAUCCAAGGAUUGGAUCCGCAACAUCUUCCUGGGAACCAACUUCGUCACAAAGCAUAUUUGGGCCCUCUGGCACGUCACGGGAGAUAAGGCUGUCAUCGAGGACCAGUACACCAAGUUUUGGUUCUAUCCCUUUGCUCGAUCCCUCGUCAAGGCCUCGGUCAAAAAGCUACAGCUUGACAACCGUAUAUCCGAUAAGCUAAUCGGCGGCCGCUACUGGGUGCACAAGACAACCUACCCAGACGCGCAAACCCUCACCGACCCAAUGGGCGGUGCUUGGUCGGACGAACACGGUGGCACGUGGGUGAACUUUGAGGAGAUGUGCCAGGAUUUCGAAGCCGAUGUCCUAGGCGGAGAGAAGGAGAUCCCGGCCCCGACUGAGCAAGUCGAGGAGCACGUCGAGGGGCACGUCGAGGGGCACGUCGAGGGGCAAGUUGAGGAGAAAAUCGAGGAGAAAAUCGAGGAGAAAAUCGAGGAGAAAAUCGAGCAGAAUGGCGAGGUAAAGGUCGAGGAGAAAGUCGAGGUGAAAGCCGAGGAGAAAGUUGAGGAGAAGGUUGAUGGCAACCAGCCAGCUUCUGCUUGA